AGGAGCAGGACGUCGGCCCGUGGCCGCUCGUGCAGCGUUCAUCGAUCGUCUCGAGAUUAUGACGUCCAGUUGUUUCUCCCCUCCGCCUCUUCGACCACCGAUCGACAUCAGCGAUCAGUCCGACACAGUCAAGGGUACUGACCUGAUCAAAGUGUCGAGGUUUUAUAAGGACAGCAAGGAGGGAAAGUUCGUGAGCUUCUUGUACGAGGAUACAAGGACUCUGUACGAUGGUUUCCGCAAAGGCGCCAAGGAGUCCAACAACGGACCCUGUCUUGGCUGGCGGGAUGGACCAAACAAACCAUACCAGUGGCUACAUUACAACGAGACCCUGCUCAGGGCGAAGAAUUUCGGUUCUGGCUUAGUGUCUUUGGGGCUGAUGCCAGGAUCGCACGCGCUCGUGGGUCUCUACAGUCAGAACUGUCCGGAAUGGAUCCUCGCCGAGCAGGCUUGCUACACGUACUCGUUGGCAGUAGUGCCUUUGUACGACACGCUGGGCCCUGAUGCCUGUGCCUUUAUCAUUAACCAGGCUGAGAUCAAUUUAGUCGUUUGCGAAAAUGACAGCAAGUGCAAUUUGCUGCUCGACAAGGCGCCCAGAUGUCUAAGGAAAAUGGUGGUGAUAAAAGAGACGAGACAAGCGACGAACCAGAGGGCGAAAAACCGCGGCGUCGAGUUGUUCAAGUUCGAGGAAGUGGAACGUAUCGGCGCCCAAAAGAAUCAUCCGGAAGUUCCGCCCAAGACGACGGAUCUGUGCACCAUAUGCUACACGUCCGGGACCACGGGGAAUCCGAAAGGCGUGAUGUUGACGCAUCAGAACGUGAUGGCGAGUAUAAGCGCGGUUUUGAUACAAUUAGGCGAGCACAGGCCCUCGUACAAGGAUACGAUGAUCAGCUUUUUGCCCCUGGCACACAUGUUGGAACGGUGCUGCGAGAACGGCAUGUACAUGGUGGGCGCGUCCGUGGGUUUCUACAGCGGUGACAUCAAAAGGUUGCCCGAGGAUAUGAAAGCCUUGAGGCCUACCGUGAUGCCAGCGGUGCCGAGACUCUUGAAUCGAAUGUACGACAAGGUCCAAACUGAACUUCAGAGUUCGUGCUUGAAGAGGCUGGUAUUUAGCCUGGGUAUGCGGGCGAAGGAGGCAGAGAUCAAGAAAGGGAUCAUCAGGAACAACAGCGUGUGGGACAAGCUGGCCUUCGCGAAGAUCAGGGAAUCGACAGGAGGCAGAUUGAGGCUGAUGGUCGUUGGAUCUGCCCCGUUAGCGGGCAACGUUCUCACCUUCACCAGAUGCGCUCUCGGCUGUAUAGUCGUCGAGGGAUAUGGUCAGACCGAGUGCGGUGCACCGAUCACUCUUACUGUUCAGGGCGAUCAUGUGCCAGAACAUGUAGGUCCGCCAGUCCCUUGUUGCUGCAUUAAAUUGGUGGACGUUCCGGAAAUGGAAUACUUUGCGAAGAAGAAUCAAGGCGAAGUGUGCGUAAAAGGCACCAACGUUUUCGUAGGGUACUUCAAGGAUCCCGAAAGAACUGCUCAAGUUAUCGAUGAAUUCGGAUGGCACCAUACCGGUGACGUUGGCAUGUGGUUACCUAACGGAACACUUAAAAUAAUCGAUCGAAGGAAACACACCUUCAAGCUUUCGCAAGGAGAGUACAUAGUUCCAGAGAAAAUCGAGAAUAUUUAUUUACGCAGUCAAUAUGUUCAUCAAGUGUUCCUCCACGGGGAAUCCCUAAAAUCUUGCGUUGUAGGAAUAGUAAUACCACACGUGGAUGUUGUAAAAUGUUGGGCGGUGGAGAACGGAAUACCAGGUACACUCAGCGUAUUAUGUGCUAAUCCGCAAGUCAAACAGUUGAUCAUGGACGACAUGCUUUCGUGGGGAAAAGAAGCCGGUCUCAAAUCUUUCGAACAGGUGAAAGACAUUUAUUUACAUCCGGAUCCGUUCUCCGUACAAAAUGGCCUUCUUACACCAACAUUGAAAAUGAAACGACCUCAGUUGAAAGACUACUUCAAACCGCAGAUAGAAGAUCUCUAUCGACAUUUGGACUGAUUAGACUGAGCAUUGUCUUUGAUUCUGUUUUCUUUAGCAUCGAGAACAGCAACGUGAAAAAUCGAGACACGUUUGCGUCGCAUUCAUAGAGAAAUCACUUCCGCCAUCGAAUAUUUGUUAUCCCGCGAUACUUUAUUAUAUCAUUUUCUUCACAAUUACAUAGAGGCGCAAAAAAAAAAGCAGAAGAAAAGCACCGUUUAAGCUAUUAAGAUAAUCGAUAACAUUAUAAUAAAAUGUGUUAUUAUUAGGUGCGUCUCGUUUUCUCUUGACUAUAGUCAUCCUUCGAUAUUUGUCGCGUGUAUUUACAGAUUUCUUCGUCUCCCUAUUCCUGUAUUUUGAUACAAAUUAUUACCGCCUUUAUGACACACUUAACGGUACAUUAUAGAUGUAUAUUUUUAUCGAUAACAAUAGUCAAAUGAAUUCUGAAUUAUGAUCUAGUACAAAGUAGGAUAUUUAAAAACGAAUAAUCAUUUAUUACCGUAAAAUGCGAACGGGUAUAUGUGCAAUGUGUAAAACGAACUUGAGAUUAAUGUAAUAAAUAGAUUGCAAAACCGAA